AUUUAUAGAAAAGAGAAGAGUAGGUAUUAGUAUUUUGGUGGUUCCAUGGAUCUCUGAGACGGUGAUGAGAGGAGAGAAGGAGGGCGUCGUGGCUUGGGAUAUUUGGAAGCGCUUAUUCCCGGCACGAAGAAGCAGGUCGGGUUGGCUCCCAAACAUAAGAAUGGGAAACAACAUAAACCUGUUUAAGCUCUGCUCUGGCCUCAGAGUCCUUGGCUACUUGAUGAUCCUCUUGUUCGGUGCUAUUGUUGCCCUAACUUACUACGCCGUCGUUUUCAUCACAUGGGGCCCUCUCCUCUUCUUCAGCUCCCCUCUCCGCAUCCCCUCCUUCUUCAUCCUCCUCCUCUUCCACACCCUCCUCCUCCUCUUAACUUGGUCCUACCUCAUGGUCCUUCUCAACGAUCCCGGCCCCGUUCCUCUCAAUUGGAUCCAUCUUGGCUCCGAUUCGGAUCCAACAUCCUCCCCCUCUUAUUGUUCUCGUUGCCAGAAUGGGAAGCCUCCUCGUUGCCACCACUGCUCUAUUUGCCAAAGGUGCGUUCUCAAGAUGGACCAUCAUUGCAUCUGGGUCGUCAAUUGUGUUGGGGCACGUAACUACAAGUACUUUCUCCUCUUCUUGCUCUAUACAUUCCUCGAGACUGUCCUGGAUUGCCUAGCUCUGGUUCCUAGUUUUAUCAGGUUCUUUGCUGGAUCCAACAAUCAUUCUUUGUCUCCUGGGGGCUUUGCAGUCAUCUUUUUGGCUUCUAUUCUUAAUUUAGCCUUCGCCCUCAGUCUUCUUUGUUUCGUUGUCAUGCAUGCAUCUCUUCUGUUAAGCAACACAACUUCAGUUGAGGUUCAUGAAAAGAAAAAAGGAGUUAGGUGGAUGUACGACCUGGGCUGGAAGAGGAAUUUUGAGCAGGUUUUUGGCACUAAGAAGGCCCUAUGGUUGUUUCCAUUGUUUUCAAAAGAGGAUUUAGACAACAUACCUGCACUAAGGGGCAUUGAGUUCCCUACACGUUCGGAUGUUGAUGUAUGAAAGCUGGGUAGCUUAUAGGUUUGAACAUUUUUUUCAUUAAAUGAUGUCAUUUAUGCUUACUUCAUGACAGUGCAGCGUAGGGCAUGAAAGUAAUACUCUACUUGAUUGCUGAUGUUUUAAAUUAUAGAAUUGUCCAGUAGAUGUAUAUAUGUAAUGUUCGAUUCAGAUUGUUUUGAUUAUUCUUAUAAUCUAAGAACCUGUGAUCUUAAGGGGACUAAAUGUAGAUUUGCUUUCGAAGAACAAAAUUCAUUCCAAGUGUUUGACCUGUCGAUUAUUGCACUGUUCCGGGGAAAUGCGGUUUACAUGGUUUGUCUGUGAACUUGAUUGAUUGAAGUGGAACUUGCAUUUUUAUCUGAUUUCUUUUGUUGUACUCGUUGACAUUCGUUGUAAAAGUAAUUUAAGAGUUCAUCCUA